AUGGUGCGCGUCUGUUGCCUUUCCAUCCCCUCCAAGAAAAAAGGGGAGGAUGAAGACGCAAAGGUAAAGGAGGCGGACUCACAAGAGACAGUCGCGAAGGACAUGAAGUUGAAGGACGCGACCUCGAAGGAGAAAAGUCGGGCGGUCCAGGUUUCGAAGCAGCCCGCUGUCGAACUGAUCAAGUUACCUCCCCCAGCCAAAUUGCCCGGCAGCAAUUACAAUAUCGAACUCUUGCUCAGUGGAAACAAUACCACCGGUUCCAUCGCGUCCUCUCACCGGUCGUACAUGCGCUCUCCCGAGUCGGAUUUCAUUCCUGAUCCCACCGAGGUCGAAUACGCAUCGGACCCCGAGGAUCAUAUCGAAGCAACCAGAAGGAACAGCACCUGGAACAGACUCAGCCGACGCCGUUCUGACAACAGCAACAACCGGUCUGAAAGCCCAGACAGUGACAAGCGGGUGUCGAUUGUCAGCAUCCAGAGGCCCUCUUCUAAUCCCUCUGCCAAGGAGGCAGAUGGCUCCCCACCGUACAACCAGGCUGCUUAUACGUACUCUGUGAGACAGAAUACCAUCAGGCGCAUUCAAGCCGACCUCGAGAGCGAGCAUAGUUCGCGGUCUGUCACGCCUGGAAGUAAGGGAUUCCGUGGGUUGGAGACAGUGGUGGAGAUUGCCAGUAAUCACCAAAACGAGCGUCAAAGUGGUCCGCGGGACGGAAUAGAGCUGGAAAUGCACCCCGACAUUUCUGCGGUUGAUAUCGCCUGUCUGCCGCGGCCGCCGCCUGCUGCCAAACUGUCGAACGGAGGGUUUAAGGUUCAUCCCACCGAUAUGACCACUGGAGACCGCCGACGCAGCAGCUGCCCAAAGCCCAAUGCCGCCACGAAGGUAACGGCCACGAACCUCGUCAUCCGUGAGCGAGGAUCACUCCCUCAUAUGCCUCCUCCUGCCCCAGUUCUGUCUGCUCGCCCGAGUCGCGCCGAUCAGGAUGACGAGUCUUUCAGAACUUGGAGACUCUCCCAGUACAUUCCCCGAGGCGAAAGCCAGACGGUGCUCCCCCUCCCUCUUCAACCCCAGGAUAUCCCCCUGCCUUUGGAUGACCAAAGCACAACUGCCAUUGACGACAAGGAUGGCUCCGAGGCCCAGUCUCAGUGCGGUACUUUCAGCAACAGCUCAACCGUUUGCGACGCGGAGAAGCUCGAUAACAAGCUCGCAGCCGAGCCCAUUGGCGCAUCACAGCCCGCCAGCACUUCCGAAUCUGCACAGUCUCAGGAUGGCAGUGGCUGGGAGACCUGGUUGCUCGCCGAAAAGCUCACGUCCCUGGAAGAUUCCAUCGCAGUUCAGGACUUGACUGGCAAAAAAAAGGUCUUAGCCGAGGAGCCAAAGGUGGAAGCUUCAGCUCUUCAGCAAGGUUCUUGUCCGAAGCCGCAGGACACUUUGCCUUUGAAGGAUGACUUGGAGGUCAAGACCAGUCUGGUCGGCGGAACGUCCGUCCCAGUGAUCGAGCCGUCGUACUACCCGUCAUCCUCGGUCUACUCUUCGGCACAGAACACAGGCAACGUCUCACCCUCGGGCUUCAAGGAUUCAAGCGGCGAUGACAAUCGCAACAGCAUCGCCGAGAGUCUUAUUGAUCUCGAUCUAGCCAACUUUGAUCUAUUCAAUAAUCUCAAGGAGCAGCCUUCCGAUGAGAGUUACCGCACCGCCCUGGACAAGAACCCCGACUCGGAAACGGCCGUAUCAGCUGCCAUUCUGCCAUCCGAGGAAGGCCCUGGCACAAGUGGAUUUAACACUGGGGACAAAAACCAUCGCAAAUAUGAUAUCUUAAAGAAUGUCUCCGUCACAGAGUCCCAGAGAUCUGCUUCACUCAAUGGUCCAGAAGAAGGGUUUGAUGGAUCCCAGGCCGAUGUGCCUAACGGUGGCAAUGUGCCCACUCGGAAGUCCUCAUUCCUUCAAUUCCUCGGUAUUCGCAAAGACUCCAGUAUCAAGGGUCGCCGACAUUCGUAUAGUCAGUCCUCCACAGAUCAUGUACGAUUGAGUCCCUCGUCGGUGUCAAACCAAGUACCCAAGGGGCAAGGUCACACCAAAAGACUUCUGAGUCACAGCAUCACCCCUUCGACGCAGCAGGGCCCAAGUGAUGACGCAUUUACUGCACCUGGGCUCACGGAAAGCGCCACCACAAUCUGGCAGCGAGCCUUUCAAGUUGAGCACGAUCAGCGUCAGACCAAGUCCACCAAGUCCACUACAGAGGCCAAGAAGACUGCCGGCGCUAAGUACAUUAUGGGGCCUAUCUCAGUCACCGUUACCAACGCCUCUCACAUUACAGACGGGGAUGCAGCUGAAUCUCGCCACGGAGCAGUCAAGGCCCCUAAUUCCAUGGCAGCAAGAAACGCCAGCCAAUCAAGCACCUCUCAGCAGUCUCUGUCUGGCAUCAUUCUUCCCCAGAAGUUGGAGAACAACGAAGAUAGAACUGGUACUGCCAGCCUGGAUGACGAUGUGAUGCCGAAAGACUUUAUGGCAGUCCCUGGCUCGGAAAUAGCGCACGGCGUUGACUUUGCUAGCAAGACUUCCCUUCCAAAUGUCGUGGAGAUCAAGAACCGUUCUCAAUCCAUGUCGAAGAAGAUUGGCAAUGCCAUGAAGACCAGCCUGGGCAAAAUGAUGCCGUCCAAGCCAGGUGCCAAAUCACCUGCUCAGCUAGAAUACCCCGAGCUUGAAAUCCUGCCCACCAAGGAAGGUUACAAAGACCUUGAAGCGCUCCAAAGAAGCAUCGAAACAUUGAAGGGCAGCGAGUAUGCCAAGAUGGCCACCAAUCCAGCUCUUGCUAUCGCUGAUCUGGAGGACAAGUCAGCGUCCUCUUUGAGGACUCUGCCUGCGCAGCUCCACGAAGCUGAGCACGCGAGACACGAUUCUGCCAAAGGUACCGCCAACUCACCCGUUCGCAAUGAUGUUGCUUUUCAGAGCAAGGACGCUCAUGGCGAUGGUACUGAACCACCGUCCAUCCGACCCGUGACACCGGCCAACAUGAUCACGCUUCCUGCAGGAGACUCAACUACUGCCACAACUGAACUAUGGGCUACCCCGGCCAGUCGUCUCUCUUAUACCACGGCUCUUGAUGAGAAUGACGCAGGUGAGUUUUACAAGGCCUUGGAGCCUUGCUCUUCAUAG